UACCAGGGGGUGGAGAACGGCAGCCAGGGUUAGCAGUUGGCAGAGUCGUGGGCAUGCCUGAGCCUCCCAACCCAGCCUGCACCCUGAAUCCUAUGCGGGUGGGCUGUGGGAUCUUGCCUCUCACCAUCUGCCCCCCUGACCUGCCGUGGUGUCUCCUAAACAGCAUUAGGGAACGCUCCAGGGUUCCAGGCUGGCUGCGCUCCACCCAGCCCUCUGUGAGCACCAACCUUGUCUCUUCAGCAAAGGGAGUGAGCCGAUGACUUUGGGGGAUGCGCCCUGCUCUCAGUGCGUGGUCUGAGUCCCGUUUUUGCAUGGGGCACGCCAGAAGCCUUGCCGGGAGGAGGGAGCAGGAGCCGACCAAGGCUGCGUGCCAGGUGCUCUUCUCUGCCUAAAGCAUCUGUGUCUGGGCCGGAGGACAAGGGGCCCUCAGAUCCCCUGGCUGCACCUUGCUGCUUUUCAUCUCCUCCUGUCCUCACUCCCAUCCUGUGUACCCACACACCAAGGAGGACCUCCAAUCCAGGAGCUGCGGCCCCUCGUCCCCCACUGAGGAGCUGCCAUGGGUGCUUGUGACAUUGUGACUGAAGCCAACGUCUCAUCUGAUGUUGAUGGCAAUGCCACGGGCAUCACGGCCUUCUCCAUGCCCGGCUGGCAGCUGGGCCUGUGGGCCACAGCCUACCUAGCCCUGGUGCUGGUGGCUGUGGUGGGCAACGCCACGGUUAUCUGGAUCAUCUUGGCCCACCGGAGGAUGCGCACAGUUACCAACUACUUCAUCGUGAAUUUGGCAUUGGCUGACCUCUGUAUGGCCACCUUUAACGCUGCCUUCAACUUUGUCUACGCCAGCCACAACAUCUGGUACUUUGGCCGUGCCUUCUGCUACUUCCAGAACCUCUUCCCCAUCACAGCCAUGUUUGUCAGCAUCUACUCCAUGACGGCCAUCGCAGCUGACAGGUACAUGGCCAUCGUGCACCCCUUCCAGCCCCGCCUCUCAGCGCCUGGCACCAAGGCAGUCAUCGCUGGCAUCUGGCUGGUGGCCCUGGCCCUCGCCUUCCCCCAGUGCUUCUACUCCACCAUCACCAUGGACCAGGGCGCCACCAAGUGUGUGGUAGCCUGGCCCGAAGACAGCGGAGGCAAGAUGCUCCUCCUGUACCACCUCACGGUGAUUGCCCUCAUCUACUUCCUGCCAUUGGUGGUGAUGUUUGUCGCCUACAGCAUCAUUGGCCUCACGCUCUGGAAGCGUGCGGUGCCCAGGCACGAGGCGCACGGCGCCAACCUGCGCCACCUGCGGGCCAAGAAGAAGUUUGUGAAGACCAUGGUGCUGGUGGUGGUGACCUUUGCUGUCUGCUGGCUGCCCUACCACCUCUACUUCCUGCUGGGCCACUUCCAGGAGGACAUCUAUUGCCAUAAGUUCAUCCAGCAGGUCUACCUGGCCCUCUUCUGGCUGGCCAUGAGCUCCACAAUGUACAACCCCAUUAUCUACUGCUGCCUCAACCACAGGUUUCGCUCAGGAUUCCGCCUGGCUUUCCGCUGCUGCCCCUGGGUCACACCAGCCGAGGAAGAUAGGCUGGAGCUGACACACACACCGUCCCUCUCCAUGCGGGUCAACAGGUGUCACACCAAAGAGACUCUGUUCCUGGCUGGGGAGGUGGUCCCCUCUGAGGUUGCCAACGGGCAGGCUGGGGGUGCCCAGGACGGGGCUGCCUGUGAAUUCUGAAGCCUUGUGCCUGGCUGCAAGGUGGAGGCUUAGCAUCCUUGGAGAAGCAGCCAGCCAAGCGGACAGACCAGACGGUCUAGACUAUGCCCACCACAUCCACAGAAAACAGCAUGGCGCCAGAGCCUCCCCAUGGCAGGGGGACACCUCAGGAAAGCCUUGGGGGUUGGAGCACUCCA